UAAAUGAGAACAGUAGCUGAGAACUCUUCUGUGACAGAGUUUAUCCUCAAAGGCUUAACCAACUAGCAGGAACUCCAGAUCCCCCUCUUCUUCCUGUUUCUAGGUUUCUACGUGGUCACUGUGGUGGGGAACCUGAGCUUGAUAACCCUGACUGGACUCAACUCUCACCCGCACACCCCCACGUACUUUUUCCUCUAUAACUUGUCCUUCAUAGAUUUCUGCUAUUCCACUGUUAUCACUCCCAAAAUGCUGAUGAGUUUUGUCUCAACGAAGAACAUCAUCUCCUAUGCAGGGUGUAUGACUCAGCUCUUCUUCUUUACCUUCUUUGCUGUCUCUGAGUCCUUCAUCCUGUCAGCGAUGGCAUAUGACUGUUAUGUCACCAUCUGUAACCCGCUGGUGUACACAGCCACCAUGUCUCCCCAGGUCUGCUUACCUAUUUUGCUGGGUGUCUACGUGAUGGGGUUUGCUAGGGCCAUGGCCCACACAGCAUGCAUGGGGAAACUGACCUUCUGUGCCCACAACCUUGUUGACCACUUCAGGUGUGACAUCCUUCCCCAUCUUGAGCGCUCUUGCACCAGCACAUAUGUAAAUAAGCCAGUAGUUUUUGUUGUUGUGGGUAUUGAUAUUGGUGUGCCCACAGCUACCAUCUUCAUUUCUUAUGCCCUCAUCCUCUCCAGUAUCCUCCACGAGGGCAGGUCCAAAGCCUUCAGCACCUGUAGCUCCCACAUAAUUGCGGUUUCUCUUUUCUUUGGGUCAGGGGCGUUCAUGUACCUCAAACCAUCUUCUCUUUUACCCAUGAACCUGGGGAAAGUGUCCUCCUUGUUCUAUACCAUUGUGGUGCCCAUACUCAACCCAUUAAUCUAUAGCCUGAGGAAUAAGGACAUCAAAAUUGCCAUGAAGAAAACUUUGAGCAAAAAAUCAUUCUCCUGA